UGCAACCCACUGCCUUGACCAUGAAAAACCGCCCCUAGUAUCUUCCACCCACUGCCGACCACCUAUAAAAACCCUCCUCCUUCCAAACCAAUUUCCCAAACCAAAUUCCAAAAACCCCAGAAAACCCAAAUCCCAUCACAAAGUUCCCAUCUUUUCUCUUUUCCGAGUUGUUUUCAAAAACGGUUUUUGAGUACGAUCAUAACCCAGUACCCUCCAUGGACACAAAGAUCGGAUCCCUCGAUGUCUGCAAGCCGGCGUGCACCGACGUCGGGAGCCUCCCGAACGGCGCCGCUUCGGCAAUCCAGAGCUCUGCCCCCUCUACCGUGAUCAACUCCUGCGACGCCACUCUUGGUCGCCACCUCGCGCGCCGACUCGUCCAAAUCGGCGUCACCGACGUGUUCACUGUCCCUGGUGAUUUUAACUUGACUCUGCUCGACCACCUCAUCGCCGAGCCCGGACUCACCAACAUCGGCUGCUGCAACGAACUCAACGCCGGGUACGCUGCUGACGGCUACGCGCGGUCGCGGGGAGUCGGCGCAUGUGUUGUUACUUUCACUGUGGGUGGGCUCAGUGUUCUCAAUGCAAUUGCCGGAGCUUACAGUGAGAAUCUUCCAUUGAUUUGUAUAGUUGGAGGGCCGAACUCGAACGAUUACGGGACGAACAGGAUUCUUCACCACACUAUUGGGUUGCCGGACUUUAGCCAAGAGCUGAGAUGCUUUCAGACUGUAACUUGCUAUCAGGCUGUGGUGAAUAAUCUGGAAGAUGCGCAUGAAAUGAUCGAUACCGCAAUUUCAACUGCUUUGAAAGAAAGCAAGCCUGUUUAUAUCAGCAUAAGCUGCAACUUGGCUGGAAUUCCCAUCCUACAUUUAGCCCCGGAUCCUGUUCCAUUUUCUUUAUCUCCAAAAUUGAGCAAUAAUUUGGGCUUAGAGGCUGCGGUGGGAGGCGGCUGCAGUUUCUUGAACAAGGCAGUGAAGCCGGUUAUGGUUGGUGGGCCUAAACUUCGAGUUGCACAUGCCGGCGAUGCCUUGGUUGAACUUGCUGAUGCUAGUGGUUAUGCUCUGGCUGUCAUGCCAUCUGCAAAGGGGUUUGUACCAGAGCACCACCCCCAUUUUAUUGGAACAUACUGGGGUGCUGUGAGCACUGCCUUUUGCGCCGAGAUAGUGGAGUCCGCAGAUGCAUACUUGUUUGCUGGACCGUUUUCAAUGACUACAGUCUGUUGGAUACUCUUUUUGCUUAUCAAGAAGGAGAAGGCCAUUGUGGUGCAGCCUGAUCGCGUGACCAUAGCAAAUGGCCCUUCAUUUGGUUGUGUUCUUAUGAAGGAUUUCCUCAGAGCUCUUGCAAAGAAGCUCAGGCACAACAACACUGCUCAUGAGAACUACCGCAGGAUCUUUGUUCCCGAUGGACACCCUCUAAAGUCUGCACCGAAAGCCUUGAGGGUUAAUGUUCUGUUCCACCACAUCCAGAAGCUGUCAAGUGAAACUGCUGUGAUUGCUGAGACAGGGGACUCAUGGUUUAACUGCCAGAAACUGAAAUUGCCGGCUGAUUGCGGGUAUGAGUUCCAAAUGCAAUAUGGAUCAAUCGGUUGGUCAGUUGGAGCAACUCUUGGGUAUGCUCAGGCUGUUCCUCAGAAGCGUGUGAUUGCUUUCAUCGGUGACGGGAGUUUCCAGGUGACUGCUCAAGAUGUGUCCACCAUGAUCCGAAAUGGGCAGAAGACCAUCAUCUUCCUGAUAAACAACGGCGGGUACACAAUUGAGGUGGAGAUCCAUGACGGACCCUACAAUGUGAUCAAGAACUGGAACUACACUGGACUGGUUGAUGCCAUCCACAAUGGGGAGGGCAAGUGCUGGACAACCAAGGUCCGUUGCGAAGAGGAGCUGAUCGAAGCGAUUGAGACCGCAACCGGGGCAAAGAAGGAUAGCUUGUGCUUCAUAGAGGUGAUAGUCCACAAGGAUGAUACCAGCAAAGAGUUGCUUGAGUGGGGGUCUAGGGUUUCUGCUGCCAACAGCCGCCCGCCCAACCCUCAGUAAAAUUUUCCAUGUCAUUUCCUUUCAUCUACGCAGCGUCAUUCCUUCUCGUUAAGGGUUUCCUAUAUAUGUUUCAAUUCAACACAUUUCCCUGCGGUCUGUGUUUUCAGUUGGAAUUUUUGCUGGUUUUUAUGUACAUUCCCCUUUGAAUUACGAGUAUAUUCUCGUCGAUUAAUUAGUUUAUGUGAUCUGAACGAUUAUUCGACUCAAAAUUAAUUUGCGUAUUA